AUGGCAAGCAAGCAGACAAUGGAAGGCAAGGUUGCCAUUGUAAGUGGCAGCGCCAGAGGAAUUGGGGCAGCUACUUGCGUGGAGUUGGCGUCGAGGGGAGCACUCGUGAUAGUGAACUAUCCAUGGCCUUCUCAGCAAGUUGACGCGGAGAAAGUACUCGAAACCAUCAAAUUGAGCGGCGCCAUCGCCGCUGAUCAGUGUCGAGCAAUUGAGGCGGACAUGUCUACGCUCGGUGGACCCCAGCAGCUCAUAAAUGAAGCUGUCCGGCUGGUUGGUAGACCCAUAGACAUCUUGGUGAAUAAUGCAGGCAUAGCCAUCAUGCGGCCUCUCAAAGACAUUACCUUGGACCAGUGGGACAUGCAGAUUGACCUUAAUGUGAGAGGGAUGGUUUUGCUCACUCAAGCUGUGCUGCCUCAUCUGGCACAGAACAGCCGUAUUGUCAACCUCAGCAGCGUCGGUGCGCGCCAGGGCUUUCCAGGUUCCACAGUAUAUAGUGGUACCAAAUCGAUGAUUGAAUCUUUCACCAGAUGCUGGGCUCUAGAAUUAGGACCGAAAUAUCACUGCACCGUCAAUGCAGUCGAGCCAGGGCCUACAAAUACAGCCGGCUUCACUCAGUCUGGCCCCAAUUUUCUAGAGAACAUCCAGCCUCUCCUCGAAGCAACGCCGAUGGGGCCACGCAUGGCAGAGCCGUCCGAAAUAGCAUACGCGAUUGCUUUCCUUUGCGAAGAGAGGAGCGGCUGGAUCACGGGUGCCUGUUUGCCAGUGAAUGGGGGAUUUUCAAUGCCCUGA